UUAAACACAUGGAUGAGACUGUGUUCUCACUACACUGUUAGGAGAUCUAGGCCCAUCGGAAUGGGAUAUUCACUGCUUGAAUAUGUUUGUCUUCCCUGUGGCCCCUCUUACGGGGAACCAUUACCAAGUGCAUCUAUAAAAAGGGUCGCUAACUCUGCAAAUUAGCAUGCAACAAUUUGAUUGCACUCAUUCUACUUUCUAGAUUCCAAAUUAGAGGCUCUUAUUGCUGCCACUUCAGCUUCAUUUCAAGCCAGCCUAGCUUAUUGAAGAUGGCAAUCAAUAGUGAAGGAAGAAGAUAUGCUCUGCUACAAGCAGCCAAGGAUUCUGACUAUGUAAAGAAAGUGUAUGGUGGAUACUACAACGUGUAUGUAGAAGCUUUUGGGGAAGUAGGUGAGAGGUGGGAUUUGUUUAGAGUCUGUGAACAAGAAUUCCCUGACUUCAAUGAGCUGCAUAAAUAUGAUGGGUUUGUGAUCACUGGUAGUUCCAAUGAUGCCUUUGGAAAUGAUUACUGGAUCCUCAAACUGUGUUUCAUGUUGCAAAUUCUUGAUGCCAUGGAGAAGAAAGUUCUUGGCAUUUGUUUUGGCCACCAGGUAUUAUGCAGGGCAUUAGGUGGAAGAGUAGGCAGAUCAAACGCAGGGUGGGAUAUUGGCAUAAGACAAGUGCAUUUUGUGAAAGAUCUAGUUCCAUACAGCUACCUAAAUCAACAUGAAAUGCCAGCAUCCCUAAACAUCGUUGAACUACAUCAAGAUGAGGUUUAUGAGAUUCCUUUGGGAGCAGAAGUGAUUGCAUCAUCAAACAAAAUUGGUGUGGAAAUGUUUGCAGUUGGAGAUCACAUUCUUGGAAUUCAGGGUCAUCCUGAGUUUACCAAAGAUAUACUAUUGAAUCUGAUUGAUCGUUUUCUCAAUAUGGAUGUUAUAAAGGAAGAAUUUGCGGAAGAUUUGAAGCUUCAAUUGCAGAUAGCUGAGCCAGACAAGAAGUGCUGGAGAAAGAUAUGCAGGAACUUUCUCAAGGGAACAUGUAUAGGCUAGCUGAGCACCUUUUACAUAUGUGCAUCUAAAAGUUCGGAACUUAGGAUUCAAUUUCUGUCUAGAAAACAAUAGGAGCAUAUUUCUGUACAUUUGACAUCAAUCUUGAACUCUUCAUGGGAAUGAGUCGAGGACAAAAUACCUCCUAGAAAAGGUUAGCAAAAUAGCAAAAAAGUAUUGUAAACUAUUCAUAUGGAUGCCAUAUUCUACAAUGUACAGAAUUAAAAACAUGUUACACUCCUGUAGAUUCACGAUCAAUAAAAGUCAUGAUCCUAAUCCGCAGAAUUUGUGACAGUUUAAUAAUAUAAAAACCGCAUAUUUUGUGAA